AUAUCUUCUUCUAUUAUCUUGAGUCGGUCGGUCCCAAGCCUCCACUUCGCCUUUGCACAUUCCCACAAUGGCAGGCAGGCAGGCAUCCGCCGCCUCCUGUUACCACCCACUCAUCGCCAUCGACAAAUCAUGAGCGUCAACAAAUUCGGACUAUUACACGGCGCCUUCGCUUCCAAUCAUUGCUCAAACUUUCCUCGCUUAGAUCUGCCCCACGCGAUUUCAACCACCGGCGGCACACUCACCGUUGUAACAUGAAUUUUUUUUACCCUGCUCGCUAUUCGGCGGCAGCACCAGCAGUUGAGUACGAAUCACAAAUGCUUCUGAAUUAGGUAUAUAUUUAUAUUUAUAUAUAUAUAAAUAUAUAUAUGGCUGCUAGCUGAUGCCGAGGAUCACUACAAAAACAGUGCGACUUCGUUUUCUCUGGUUCUGAUCCAUCCCAAUCUCUUCUGUUGGUGUUCUUAUCCUUCUGCUUCUCGACGUACAUGUCUCUGUUUAGAUUUAUGCUGCCCUUUGUGGCUCAUCUUGGUUUGUGAACCAGAGAUGGAAUCUCCUCCGCAGCCACCGCCGCAGCCGCCUGCUGUUGACCUCUCGCUCGCCUUGUCGUCGUCGCCGCCGUCGUCACGGAAUCAGGUCGUCCGCCUCUACCCCUGUCUCUUCUGCGACAAGAAGUUCCUCAAGUCGCAGGCCCUGGGGGGCCACCAGAACGCGCACAAGAAAGAGCGGAGCGUCGGGGGGAAUCCGCUCCUCUACCUCGCGCCCCCCGUCGCCGGCUACGGCGCCUCCUUCCCCAUCGCCUCCCACGCGUGCAGGCCGGCCCACGUCGACUACCGCUGCCACCGCCCCGGGGAUCCUCGGUUCGAGUGCGUUGAGACCGUCGACAUGCUCAAUUGGCAGAGAGCAUCGCAUCCCCAUCAUGCUAUCGCCGCUGUUACUACUACCGCUGCUACUGGUGAAGAAGACAGAUCCGCCAUGAUUGAUCUAUCCUUGAAGCUUUAAGCCGCAACGACGUUCGAUUUCUCAUAUUUUAGUUCUGUAAAAAUUGUCGAAUUGUGCUUCGCUCCGGUGGCUCUUCCGGGAUUGAAGGGCUGCAUUUCCGGGUGCUGUGAACAUCAAGUUCCCUUCCACUGAAUGGAAGAGUUUUGGAUCCAUCAAAUCAAUCACCUCGCGAUAUUUGCUUAAAAGCUUGUCCAGGAUUUGACUGUUAGGACGCAGACAAAAUUAAUAAGGAGCAGCCCUUCCGAUAAUAUAAAAAUCAUUUUUCCAUCUAAACAUUUUGCCAAUUUAGAAAGGUGUUUGUUCUAAGUUCUUCUUUUAAUGGCGCAAU